UGAGCGUAUACAAUGGGCUUAAAAUACCAACAAAACUUAUUUUCGUAACUUAAUCGUUUUAUUUUGCACUUUAGACAAACUUUUCGUGUCAUUGCGAGGACAGUGGUGUUUACGUGCGCAACGUUACGCUUUAGUUUUAACCAAUUGUUGUGCGAGCAAAAACGGAGAUUGCCUCAGCUGGUUUAGCAGCCAGUCGAACUCUGUUUCUUCAUUCAUCAAAACCUUACCAGCAUAUUUCUGGACUUAUCCAACUUCUAUACGCUUUUGAUAUUCUGGACAGGACUGGGUCGCCACCCCUUGUCACAGCGCCAUGGCUGACAGCAGCAUAGUUACUUUAGGGCUGGGCCGCAGCCUGCUGGUAGACUCCUCCGUAUACGACUCCCGGAUGGCCGAGACCUCAAAGGAGCAAUUUUUCAUGGGUCUACAUGCAGACGAGACAGAGGAUGUAUUGCCCAGAGUUGAGACCAGGGUGGUGUUGGUGGGGGAGGCCGGCAACAUUGCAGAACUUGAGAAAGCUCUUCAGGCCAUCACAAUAAUGGAAGUCCCUGUGGUAAAGAUUAAAGAAGGGCAGCCGGGCACAGAGGCGUGUGAGAAAUUGAUAAAGUCUAUAGUCAAUAUGGAUAUAAACACCCCCUGUAUCAAGACUGACAAUGUCAGAGAUUUUGGUGACGGCGAGAACUGCGAGUUCGAGACCGUGUUUGUGUUGAAAGACUUCCAGGCUCCCGAAUACAGCUUCCUGUACAAGAAUGACAACCGUAUCCUGGGGCCUCCUGCCGUGAUGCACUGUGCCAGCAAGGGAGAGCCUCUGCCGUUCUCCUCCAGGCCUCUCUACUCAAUGACCAUGCUCAACUUGUCUCUCUGCUUCACCGGAUUCCGUAAAAAAGAUGAAGUGGUUACCCUGGUAAAUCUCGUCCAUCACAUGGGCGGCACCAUCCGUAAAGACUUUGACAGCGCUAAAGUCACACACCUCAUCGCCCGUUCAACACAUGGUGAAAAGUACAGGUUGGCAGUGUGCAUGGGCACACCCAUCCUCACCCCUGAAUGGAUACACAAGGCAUGGGAGCACAGAGAUGACAUUAAUUUCCAUGCAGGCAACGAGGAGUUUCGCACAGAGUUUAAGGUCCCUCCGUUCCAGGACUGCGUCCUGAGCUUUCUGGGCUUCUCUGAAGAGGAGAAAACCAACAUGGAGGAGAGGACACAGAAACACGGUGGACGGUUCCAGGCAGUGGGUGAUGCAAGGUGCACCCACUUGGUAGUUGAGGAGAACUCCAUUAAAGAACUGCCCUUUACUCCCUCCAAAAGGCUCUAUGUAGUGAAGCAGGAGUGGUUUUGGGGCAGUAUACAAAUGGACGCCCGUGCUGGGGAAAUCAUGUACUCUUACGAAAAGCCGGAGAGUCCUGCGAUGAAGAAGGCCGUGUCUCUGCUGUCUCUCACGACACCCAACAGUGGCAGGAAACGUCGCCGUCUUAGAGAAACAUUGGCUCAGCUCACCAAGGAGACAGAGAUUUCUCCCUUCCCACCGCGCAAGAGACCUUCAGCUGAACACUCCCUCUCCAUGGGCUCCCUGCUGGACUUCUCCAACACACCUGACACCUGCAAAUCCAGUGGAGAGAAUGCCAAACCCCCCAAAAGCUCAACUCCCGCCCUUCCUAAGCAGUCAGCGCGCUGGCAGGUCUCCAAGGAGCUCUACCAAACUGAGAGCAACUAUGUUGAUAUCCUGGCCACGGUCCUGCAGCUCUUCAAAUACCCCCUGGAGAAAGAGGGGCAGGUGGGCGGCCCUAUUCUAGCUCAGGAAGAGAUCAAGACCAUUUUUGGCAGUAUUCCAGACAUCUAUGAAGUGCACACGAGAAUAAAGGCGGAUCUUGAGGAGUUGGUGAUGAACUGGUCUGAAGAGAGGAGCGUUGGAGACAUUAUCCUGAAAUAUUCUAGAGAGUUGGUGAAGGCCUACCCACCAUUUGUCAACUUCUUUGAGAUGAGCAAAGAGACCAUAGUCAGAUGUGAGAGACAGAAUCCGAGGUUUCAUGCGUUCCUGAAGAUUAAUCAGGCUAAACCCGAGUGUGGCCGUCAGACUCUUGUUGAACUUUUGAUUCGUCCUGUGCAGAGACUGCCAAGUGUUGCCCUCUUGCUGAACGAUAUAAAGAAACAUACAUCAGAUGACAACCCAGAUAAAGUGACCCUGGAAAAGGCCAUCGAGUCUCUCAAGGAAGUGAUGACCCACAUAAAUGAGGAUAAAAGGAAAACAGAGGGACAGAAGCAGAUUUUUGAUGUUGUUUAUGAAGUGGACGGCUGCCCUGCCAAUCUGUUGUCGUCACAUCGGAGUCUGGUUCACAGGGUGGAGACCAUCGCUCUGGGAGACAAACCUUGCGAUCGGGGAGAACAUGUCACACUCUUCCUGUUUAACGACUGUUUGGAGAUUGCCAGGAAGAGACACAAGGUCAUAACCACUUUCCGGAGUCCAUUGGGUCAGACGCGGCCACCCGCCCAGCUCAAGCACAUAGCCCUGAUGCCUCUGUCCCAGAUCAGAAGAGUCCUUGACAUCCAAGACACAGAAGAGUGUCAGAACGCCUUCGCCCUGGUGGUACGUCCUCCUACAGAACAGGAGAACCUGUUAUUCAGUUUCCAGCUGACGGCCGAAGACACCCUCAAAUCCACCUGGCUCAAAACACUCUGUCGUCAAGUGGCCAACACGAUUUGCCGAGCUGAUGCGGAAGAUCUCAUUCAGGGCACCGAUCCUGACUCCGUCCAAGUGAGCACAAAGGACAUGGACAGCACGCUCAGCCGAGCAUCCAGGGCCAUCAAAAAAACAUCAAAGAAGGUCACGAGAGCUUUUUCUUUCACUAAAACCCCCAAGCGUGUGCUUCAGAGGGCGUUUAUGGCCAACGGUACCCCAGAUGAGAGGAGUCCUGGCCCAGAUGCCGAUCACAUGGGCCGAAUGUCCAGCAGCUCCACACUGGCUGCUGUUCAUUCCCCAUCGAUGAUCAACCUGUCCUCCGCCUUCGAGAGGAAGUAUCAUACCUUCAGCAGAUCCACAACUCACCUGUUCUGAACUUUGCAUCCUGAGUUGUCAUUAAUUUCCACACUACUACCACGUCCGCCCGACGCCUCCAGCCCAAGACCCCCACCUGGGUUUAAUUUGCAGCUCCAGAACCCACCAAAUGAAGUACAGCUUGUGUUGAUGUCAAUGUCUGGGCACAUUUAAUUAACCUUGAAGAGGCAUUUAUAACUGACAUGUUCUGAUUUUUAUUAGAGGGGUAGAGUAUUUACACUGUUAUUAACCACUGAAAGUAUUUCUUAAUGUUUUGCAAGACAGGCCCUAAUCUAAACUAAUCUAGUUUUCAGCUUUUAUAAAGCUAUACACAUCUAGCUGUUGCAUUUAAGUGGAAAUGCACUGGUUUAAACACGGCCUUACAUUUGUGCGUACUUUUAGAAGUGAUUUUUAUUGUUGAUUUAGGGGUAUUGAUUUCUAAAAGUCAAAAGAGUUGUUGCGGUCCGCCUGCCAUAUUUAUUCUCCAGAAUCACUUAUAUAAAUAGUUUAUGUAAAUCUUUCUUUCCGUCUCUAUUUAUGUGUAAAUAUUGUGAUUGUCAUACUAAUAAUAGUUUGUCUCCACUGCUUGUACCUUUUUGUAGUCUCUGCACUUAUGUCAACACGAAAAUGUAGUCAUGUUUCACGUUUGUCUGUAAAAGGGAAUCAUAUGUCUGCCUGCUGCAGAUUUGUUUGGAGUGGGUGGUUUUAUGUUAUUGUUUGACUACUUUUGAAGGUGACUUCAUUUAUUCUUUAUUAAUAAAAGAAGCAUAAAGCCUU